AUGGCAAGCAAAAAUUACAGAUUGGAUCCAAUCUUUCAAUUGUAUGAUCCGAUUCAAUAUUCGUUCAACAAGAAGAAAGAGGAUUACGUAAUCAUCUCACCAUCGGUAGGGACAAAGACCCAAAUAAACGACGGAGGAAGAGUUACCUUUGAAAUUAAUUCGUUGUCCAAUUGGUUGCUGCUUUCCGAUGCCCAUUUCCGAUGCGAUUUCAAAAUCAAAGACGCCACUCAGAAUCGAAUUCCACAAACCAACACGACUUUAGAAAACAACUUCUUUCCGUCAUUAUUCAGCGAAAUGGUUUUGGAAGCUGGUUCAAAUCCGAUAGAGACCAUAAAACACCCCGGCGAGUUUGACACAAUGUUGAAAACGGUUCUGUAUCCCAAAAACUACGAUUCAGUUUCGGGAUGGAUUUCCGAUGUCGGUGACGGAGAAGUUUUAAAAGAACCGGUCAGAACUGUAGCAAAUGACGCAAACCUUGCCAGGAUAAGGGUAGUUGCUAGAAACACACUGGAAAGAGUGACUCGCGGAGUAAAUCACGGAUUUGAAAAACGAGCGCUUCAAUACAACAACAUUGUCGAGAACAACAGAUGGGGUAAUUACGUUAAUUGGAAGUUGUAUCCUUUAUUUGGUCUCUUGGAACACAGAAAGGUUUCCAUAGGUUUACCGUAUAAAAUUCAUUUGCAAAGAGAAAUCAACGACAACAAGAUAUUCUUUGGUGAAAACAACUCUGACGCUAAAUUGGAAAUAACGAAUAUCCAACUUUACAUACCGGUGAUCACUCCUUCCGUAGAAGUGGAAACGAGAAUAUUCAACUCUUUAACCAAAGACAUCGAAAUUGCUUUUCUUCGUCGUAACACGGUAGCUGCAGCCGGUGCAACUGCUGGUGGAGCUUCUGGGAUAGCCAAAGCUGUCAACGAUAAGAAAGCUGAAGCCGCUGCAAACGCCGAAGCACGUAGACACAAUUUGGCAAUGGAAAGAGAAGCACGAGGAGGUUCGUGA